AUAACAUCCGUAAAAUGAAAUGAAAUUUUUUUUUUCAAUUUCACAAAUUCUUAAUCUGUCAGCCUGGCCUUGAUGUAAAACAUAUAACAAUGAUGAUGAUAUUACACACUGGGAAUUUUUCGUUUGUUUUUUUUACAUACACAUCGCUUGUUUUUUUUUGAACAUACACACAUAGUUCUCGAACAAAUAUCAAACUAUUUCUCUUGAUUCAUUGAUAAGAAUGUAAAUAUUACGUGUUAAUUGAAAAAAAGAAAGGAAAAUGAUGAUUGAUUUGAUUGAAAAUCAAUUAACAUUUAUAUACAUGUAAUAUAUUGUUGUGGCGUUUUGUUUUUUUUGAUGGUGGUGUAUUCGCAUUCAUUCGAAUGAUCAUCAUCCUUCGAUUGAUGAUCGAAUGAUUUAAGGAAGGAAAUUCGGCCAAUUUCAUACACAUAUUCAUUCGUGUUUUUGAUUUCGCCAGUGAUACAUCGAUCAAAGAGAUCUUUUUUUUUAAUCAAAUCCAUAUUGACACAACACAAUGGAUACAUCCGGAAUUUUUUGUUUCCCUUGAAACAGAUUUUUUUUUCUUCUGUCAUUUGUUGUUUUACAAUUUUUUUCAAUAGUAAUCUGUUAUAUAAUGUUUAAUGUUUAAUGUAUAACUGUUUCGAAUUAACUGGAUUAAUAGUGUCGUGUAUAAAAUUUCCUUACCAGUUUUCAUUUUGAUUCGAUUUUUGAACGAAUUUUUGCAUAUUUAAUUUCGACGUUUUCAUCGCUAGUUUGAAGAUGUACAAUUGUUAUUGGAUUUUGUUGUUGAUUGGUACAACGAUUUUAUCGUUACCAAAUGGAUACGAUACGCAAGCUUCACCAUUUCAUGCGAUUAUGAGAGAAACUGUCAACGGUAUUCGUAAUAUACAAAGAAAUGUACAGCAGAAAAUACAGAAUCGACAACGACAACCGAAUGGCUAUGAAUUAGCACAGGAUAUAAGUGAAGCUAUUACUGAAGAUAUUCAACAGAAUCAUGGUAGACGAUCACAAAAAAUUUGUGAAUAUUUACGACAAGGUCAAGUAUAUCGUGGACCAUGUCCAGCUGAUGGUUCAAACAAUGGUUAUGGUGAUGGUGGUGGUGUUGGUGGAAAUUAUGGCGAUGCUACAAACGGUGCUUACUUGGAAGAAGGUGGUCGUCCAUUAAGUCGUCAAGAAGCUAAACUUAUUCGACGGCAAGAAAAACAACGACGAAAAAAUGAACGGCGUGAACGAAAACGUCAACGUAAUCGCGAAAGAGAAGGUUAUGGAGAACCAGAAAUAGAAUAUAGGAAUCAGCCUGAUUCGGAAACAAAACUUAUUAUUCGAAUAAAUCCAUCACGAGGUGGCGUAAAUAAUAAUCGUCCUGUUAAUAAUAAUAACAACAAUGGUUAUCAGGUUAGACCUGAAAUUAUCGUCAGAGAUGAAGAAGAAGAUUAUCCUCGAGGCGGAAGAGGUGGUGGUGGUGGUGGUGGCCGUGCACCAUCUGGUUUUAAUGAUGUUGGUCCUAAAAAUGAACGACAAAAUCGUGAUCCAAGCGAAAUGGUUCCUUGCCGUACAAAUAAUGGUCUGGAUGGUCUUUGUGCACCUGCAGCAUAUUGUUAUGCACAAUACAGUGAUCCAGAUGAUUAUCAAUCAAAUAUUUGUCAAUAUGUUGGAACCGGUGCAAAUGGUAUUUGUUGUCCAAUCGAAGGUGAUCGUGUCCAAAGACGUUAUAAUAAUCCAAUACAAUUGCCUCAGGAACAGAAACCAUCAAUGCGUGUUGGAUUCAUCAGUUUAGAAGAUAUUAAUACUGCUGCAAAAGAAGCAAAUAAAUUCAUUGAAAAUUACAUUCAACAAGAAAGACAAUUAGUUUCACAUGGUAUGGUUCAACGCCAUGGUUCUAUGCAAGCAUUGCAUCAAGUUUUUGGUGAAUUUGAUCCAGUACAAUUUCGUUUAACGGUUGGAGGUUUCAUCAAUUUAGUAACCACUUUGGUUAUCAAAAGAAAAUUCAAACUUAGUAAUGAACAAGCUCGUGAUGGACUUUAUCGAUAUUCGAUUGAACAUACGGAUUUAGAACAAUAUUGUAUUCCAGAACCAUCAUGUCAACAGGGUAAAUAUCGAACAAUUGAUGGUAGUUGUAAUAAUUUACAACGACCAUUAUGGGGAAAAUCAAAUACCGCAUUCGAACGUUUAUUACCACCACAAUAUAAUGAUGGAUUGAAUGAACCACGAACUAGAUCGGUAACCGGUGAUUUGUUACCAUCAGCACGUUUAGUAUCACAUUCAUCAGCACCAAGCCGAAAUAUUCCGGAUCCAAAAUAUACAUUAAUGCUUAUGCAAUGGGGACAAUUUAUUGAUCAUGAUUUUACAUUAGCAUCAUCAACUCGUGCUGCUACCGGCCAAGGAUUGAUUUGUUGUCAUCCAGAAAGUCAAAGAAAAGUUGAACAUCAUGCUUGUUUUCCCAUUGAAGUUCCUGAUCAAGAUUCAUUCUAUCGUCGUUUUAAUCAAAAAUGUAUGAAUCUUGUACGUAAUGCACCAGCACCAAGAAGUGGUUGUUCUCUGGGACAUCGUGAACAGAUGAAUACAUUGACACAUGUUAUUGAUGGUUCAAUGGUUUAUGGUCCUACGGUAGAACGGGCAAAAAUUUUGCGUUCAUUCCGUGGUGGACGAUUAAAAACAUCGUCAUUUCAGAAUAAAGAAUUUUUACCAUUCGAUCGUGGUAAUCAUUCCGAUGAUUGUGCUAUACCGGAACGUGAUCAAUCAAGAUUUAAAUGUUUUCUCGGUGGUGAUGCUCGUGUCAAUGAACAAACCGGAUUGACAAUGAUACAUGCAUUGUUUGUACGGGAACAUAAUCGUGUGGCUGGUGAACUAGCAAGGUUAAAUCCAAAUUGGCCGGAUAAUACUUUAUAUCAGGAAGCAAGAAGAAUUGUUGCAGCCGAAAUUCAACAUAUUACUUAUAAUGAAUUCUUACCCAUUGUACUUAGUCCAACAGUUAUGAAACAAUUUGGUUUAUUACCAAAAACUUUUGAUUUUACCUAUAAUUAUGAUCCAAAAAUCAAUCCUAACGUACUGAAUGAAUUCGCCGCCGCUGCAUAUCGUUUUCAUUCAUUAGUACAAGGAACUUUUCGUGCUUUAGAUCGAAAUGGACAGCCAACACAAGUUAUUCGAUUACAUGAAGUAUUCAAUAAUCCAUUGACUUUAUAUAAUGCAAAUGCUUUUGAACAAUUUUUGAAUGGUUUCGUAACUGAUGCCGGACAAACAUGGGAUCAUUUCUUUGCUGAUUCGUUGACCAAUCAUUUAUUCGAAGAAAGAGGUUCAGGUUUCGGUAUGGAUUUGGUUGCCUUGAAUAUUCAACGUGGUCGUGAUCAUGGAUUACCUGGUUAUAAUCAAUAUCGUCGUUUGUGCGGUCUACAACCAGCCAAUUCAUUCAAUGAUCUUAAUCGAUUCAUGACAGCUGGUGCAGCCGAAACAUUUUCACAAAUGUAUCAGAAUGUUGAGGAUAUUGAUCUAUUUAUUGGUGGUGUACAUGAAGAUCCAUUACCAGAUGCAUUAGUUGGGCCAACAUUUGCUUGUAUUGUAGCCGAACAAUUUCGUCGUUCAAAAUUCGGUGAUCGAUUUUGGUAUGAAAAUGGAAAAUUACCACAUUCAUUUAGCAAAGAACAAUUAAUGGAGAUUAAGAAAUCCAGUUUGGCUUCAUUAAUCUGUGAUAAUACAGAUACGAUUGGACGAAUACAGCCAAUAGCAUUCCUUAGACCAGAAUCAUGGAAUGGCAAAAUUAGCUGUAAUCAAAUAAGCCGUAUGAAUCUAUCACCAUGGCGUAAUGAAAGAAUUUGGUCUUGAAAAAUUGAUUUUUUUUUCUGAAUCACAAACAUUAUCAAACAAUAUUGUUGAAAUGAAUAAUAAAAUGAUUGA